AGAAACUUUUAUCGCGAUGACGCGCGAACGUUCGGCUUCGCUUCGAUCGAGCUUCUUACGUUCGACAGGAAGGAUACGUAAUAUCCGGGAGGAAGGAGAACAUGGAACGGCCGAUAACGUUCUUCGCGAGGUUGCUCGGCUGAAAAACGACUCGAGACAAACGCUUGAUUCGCCCGGUAUAUGCCGUGUAUCUGUACGCGAUUUUCUCGCACGGUGCGCUCGGUGUGCGUGAGUUUCCUCCGACCAGCGCUUUAUCCCGGCACGCGAGUGCAACUCGAAUAAAGAGGAAAAAGAUCGAAGCGACGGUGGCUGCAUUCGGCUGGACGUGCUCCUCCACGUCGGAAGCUUCCUCUCGUUUUUCUCGAGCGGUUAGAAACGAGCGCGAAAAGCACAAGUGUUUUCUGCGCGCAUUUAACGCGACUUCUUUCUUCUCUUUCCUGCGACGCGAGAAUCGCGCGACAGAUGUACGGAACGUGACGCGACACGCGAGUAAUUUUCCUGCUCUCCGCGUCGACCGCCAGAGACACACCGUCUCGGAUAAACGUUUGGGAAUAAUUUCGUGAAUGGUGCACGGUGACCUUUUUGGCCCAUGGGGCCGAAUUCUUAUCGUCGUAGUGGCAGCGCUGGCCAUCGUCCUUCUCUUGCUCGUGAUCGCCUGUUUUCUCACGCCAGGAUGCCUUGGAUACGAGUGCGUGAAAAGAAAGAGAGAAGCAAAAAGUGUGCCGUUGCGUGUCAAGAGCAAACAGAAUGAAAACGUCAAGUUGAACGAUGUCAGCUACAGGUCAUGGAGAUUGGGUAGCCUGUACGAAGGCAGCAGCAACGGUACGAUCGACGAGAACGCCAGCCCGAUCGAGGGCAAUUCCUGGAAUUCCAACAACGCUCAGUUCGGUUGCACCGAUACUUCGUCCACCCUGAAUUUGGUGCAAAAGGAUAAACAGAAAGCCGAGAGGAAGCAAAAGGAAUUCCCGACGGAACUGACGAUAAGCCUGCAGUACUUGCCGCCCUGCGACGAAACUAUUACCGGCAAACUCGUUAUUGGUAUCGAGGCGUUAUCCGGCCUUCCUCCGAAGCAAUACAACUGCACCUUGGAACCGUACGUGGCUUUGAACAUAACGAAACAAUCGUGGAAUCACAGGAACCGACAGAAAUUACACAGUUUCCGCACGAGGGGUGUCAGGCACACGGCGAGCCCCGUUUUCAAGGAAACGUUCGUCGUGGCGAACGUAAAACCUCACGAAGUUAAGGAAUGGAUUCUCGAUUUUGCGGCGUACGAUCGCGACAGAUACGCCAACGACACGGAACUCAGCACGCUGAGGGUGUCGCUGAAGGAGGCGAAGCACGUUCUACAGAGUCCAGAGAUUCAUAUGUUCAACUUCAGAAUGAAGCAGUCCAAUUUGGCGCUUGGAAACAUUUUAUUAGCUAUUAGUUAUUUACCCACAGCGCAGAGACUGACUAUAAACGUAAUGAAAGUACGCGACGUGAAGUUUACGCCACCGGUGUCGUGUUUGAACGAUUUUAGUUUUUACGUCAGGGUAUUGAUGCUCAAUGGAAGGACAGGCCAACGAAUGAAAAAGAAGAAGACCCGAUUCGUCGUUGCGAAUUCGCACUCGGAAUUCAACGAAACACUGACGUUCGACGUAUCGUACAGUCAAUUAGACAUAGUGCAAUUUCUCGUGGUAUUGCGCGGCAAAGCUGCGCCUGCCGAGCCUGCUGCCAGCACCGUAGAGCAUCCGAGUGACAGCGAGGAUUCGAUAACGUCGAUUCAAAAGUCGAAGGACACUUCCAUCGGUAAAGUCGCGCUUGGAAAGGGAGUCAGAGGGUCGACGGAAAGGCUACACUGGUUUUCCGUACUUCAAAAUCCUAGAAAGUUAGUUACCGUAUGGCACGUAUUGAAAUAACGACCGAAGGACAACAACGGUAAUACGGAAGAUGGAUAGUCCAACGUUAUUGCUCAAACUGUCUAUAAACGUGCAUACUGCUGUUACUAUUUAAAGAAAUUCGAUAACGCAAUAGAAAGGUAUGUUUGCACGACCAUCUCGUGCGUUUACCUUCGAGUAACGCAAAGGGACGACGUUCUGAUAUCGUAUCUUUCUGUAAACAUUUGCCAAACGUUUUCAAGUCGGAGACAAAGACGCUUGCGUUAAAUAGUUAAACGGUUAAGCAGUGCCAUAAUCGGUACAUUUAUGCCGAAAACAAGAAUCACGUAAGGAUGCUUCGUUCGGCCAGUUUAUUCGAAACUAUCUGAAUUUUCGAUCUUUUAUUAUCUCGUUUUUGUUUUUCGCAGAUGUAAAUUCGAGUAAUAUUUAUCGGUUUCCGUAGAUAUAGUAUAUUUUGGGCAAUAACGUCAUAUCGCACGUUAUACAUAUACACGUAAACGUGUAAAAUAUAUUUCUAUAUUUAUUUUGCAAUUUGAUAAUAUAUACGAUAAAUAUAUAUACGUUUAAAAGUGCAACCAAAGAUCGCGAAAAUUGUAAAUGUUAUAAAUAUUUGUGGUACUUUGUUAAUAUAUCGAAUCCUAUUUAAAAUGUAACGAAAUAAAUAGUACUAGAUAUGUUCGUAACCGUUA